UACAGUGUUCCAGAAAAAAAGCAGAAAGACAGGAAAUCAAGCAAUGGAGGUGGUAACCUUACGGAAUCAAGCCACGACAGUUAGUUUGAGGACUUUUGAUCAUUGAUAGUUUGUGAUUGCAUGAAAUGACAUAGACAACCUUGCUUAUUGUUAGAAAUGUACCUGGCAAACAGUGGCGUGUUCAGGGAGUGGCCUAGGGUGGCACGGGCCACCCCUGAAAUCUGAUUGGCCACCCCAGGUGCCACCCCAAUAACCACAGCACUGAGUGUAAACUGCACGCUUGUUUAGAGUUGCAGUUCCUUCUCAAACCUGAGAGGCAGCAGAGAUGCGCUAAAGUAGUAUGUAGCCUGCAAAAAAAAAGUCCCGAAGAAGAAGAAGUUUGAGCAAACCUACACGUGAAACAAACUGUCUAUGGCAGCAACACGUUUCUGGAGCGUCGUCGAGAAAGAUUUUCUGUGGAUGUACAUGUGGAUGGUAAAGAGGAAAGACCCUCAACAUCACAAACGGAUCAGGGUGUGUACAGUGCUGCUGACAAUCCAGAGGUUCCUGCAGGCCAUGCACAGGGGGAUAGUGGUGUGGCAGCCCCAUUUGGCGGGCUCGGACCUAUUGUCUGGUUCACAGGCAGCAACUUCCAUGUGCGACCAGCUUAAGAGCUACCUCUAUUCCAAGAGAACCGCCAAGCAGAGCACACCCCUCCGUAGCUCUACUCCUGCUCCAGAUUGGUCUGAUGACUCGGAUGAAACAUCCUGUGAUUUAUUUGGGCCGUUCAAAAUGCGGAAGGUGGUACUGACCAGUGAGGAGGAGGGAGAUGACUGCAUUCCACAGGAGGAGCCAGAGCACCAGAAGGAGCCAGAGGGCCAGCAGCAACCAGUGAAGGUUCUGGUGGAACUAGAGGAGGAGACAUUGAAGGCUCUGAAAGAGCUUCCAGGAUUAGUUGCUGCCAUCAAAACAGCACUGGAGAAACUACCAUCGGCAUGCACCAGUUCCACCCUCAGCCAGAGUGAAUGCCAGCAAACUCCAGGAUCUGAUACUAGGGGUGACGACUUGGUACGACUCAAAGACAUACUCUGUAACCGUACCCCAUUGCUAUUAUUCUAUAACAAAGUAUUGUGUUAUCACACCCUUGAAACCAAGACAAUGCCCAGCUGCCCCACAUAAGUAUACAGAAGUAUACUCAAGUAGUGCUUGAGUACACUUCUGUACUACUUGAGUAUACUCAAUGGCAGUGUUUGGAAUAACGCCGUUUAA